GAAAAGUGCAGAAAAGUGUGAAAUAAAAAUCGAAUUUUCGCAAUAACGGACGAACAAUUGAGCGUAAAUCAUCGAAAAGUAUUAACUUUUGUGUCUAAAGUCAAUGAAAACUUUCAAAUUCAGUACGAAUUCUACUUAAAUCCUGCUAAAAAUCGCCAUUAAAAUAAAGUAAGAAAAAGGAUAAUCGAUAACGAAAAAGAAAAAUUAGGUGAAGGACAAAAUGCCUCAAAAUAACCAGCAACAAGGACAGGCACAGCCGCAGGCACAGCAACAGCAGCCAAACGUACGAAUGAUUCCCAUUUUCGUGGAGGGUCGUGAUCAGCCUGUGAUUCCGCGUGACAUCCCCGAUUCGUCGAGCAGCGGUUCAAUUCCCGAAAUGGGACAAGUGCCACAAUACCCGCCGGGACGCCAAGAAAUGCCUCGGAUGUCGCCAAACAUGUCGGAUUUCGCAAAUGACAUGCCUGGCUUCUCACACGGAUCAAUUUUCGAUCGUGCCAAAGAUUUUCCGGUGCGUCGUAGCUUCCCCACGGCACAGGAAUUCUUCAAUCGAGGCGCGAGUCCAUCGCGCGAAUCCCCAAUUCGACAAGUGCCCAUAAAUCACGUGAAUGAACCUGCGUUUUCGCCAUUUGGCGCGAAUUCACAUCAACAAUUUAUGCCGUCGCGUCGCCAACAACCGUCGCCGCCCACGCAGCAGAUGCCAUUUCCGCCAAAUAAGCAACCGCGAUCACGAACUUCGUCGAGAAACAGCGAAGAACCCGCCGGGCAACAGCAGGAAUUCGAACAACAAGCUCGCCAAGUGCCGAUUCAGCGUCAAAGUCCUGCGCCGCAGCAGCAACAACAACAACAACAACAAAGAGCUCCUUCCGAAGAACCAAAGCCGAAACCCAUGCCCGAAGGCCCGAUCGAAAAAAUUCAAAAAAUCCAGAAAAAUGUCCUGGAUUUGAUGACGCAAGUCGAACAAUUCAACGGCAAAACGAAAAAGGACAAGGAAUACAUUUAUCUCGACGAGAUGCUGACACAGAAUCUCCUGCGACUCGACGACGUUGAAACGGGCGGCAAGGAAAAUGUCAAAUUGGCACGCAAGGAAGCCGUCAAAUGCAUCAAUCGAUGCCUUUCCGUACUUGAAGCGAAGGCAGAAGCAGCUGAACAUCCCUCAGAUGCCGCUCCAAUGGAGACAAAUGUCACGCAAAACGGCGAAAUUGCCCCGGAAAAUACUCAGAACGAAAAUCAGCAAAUGGAAGUCGAUCCCUCGAAUAACCAAGAACAAGCGGCACCCGAAAAACAAGCUUCCCGCGGGUCAAUUUACGAUAAUCACGACCCAAAUGCACCCGCGACGCAACAAAAUUCAGAACAACCGGCGUCACAGAAGGAAGGAACGCCCCAGCCCACGAACGAAAAGCGCGAAAGCAAAGAAAACAGCCCGGCAGUGCAGCAGCAGCAACAACAAAAGGAACCAACUCCGCCCGUAGCUGAAGCCGCUGUAGCGAAAUCUGGAUCAGGAUCUAGUCAAAAAUAGUCAUUUGUGUCGAGGAUGCGGGAAAAGUUCAAGUAACACUUUUUAUUUUACGUCAUCUGAAAAAAAAAAAAUAAUAAAUUUUAUUUAACGAACAUGACCGAAUUCAACAACCGUCCUCAAUACACAACAACAAUGACUAAACAAAAAAAGCGAUUUUCUUGUAUAUAACUUUAAUAAUGUGACAAAAAUGCGUUUAGUUUUUUUUUUCAAUAAUUAAAAUUAAUUUAAGGUUUUUUUUUACUUACUUUACUAAUUCGAUGAUUCUCGUAUGUCUAAAAUUAAAUAUUAAAACAAAAUAAAAAAAAUCACUUUCUUCUAAAAUAGGAAUGUAAGUAGAAAAUGCAAUUAUUAAGAAUGAGAUCACGCAGACGAAAUAAAAAUGUAGUAAUAGAUAGACAGAAAGCACGUUGACGUCGUUCAAAGAAAAAAAAAUAAAUAAAAUCAAAUAAAUAAUCACAGCUAACAAAACGCGCUUUCUUCUCUUUUUUAAUGUUAACUUAAAUUAUUUAUCUUCCUAAUAUGUACCCAAUACAAAAAAAAAUCAAAAAUAAAAAAAGAGAGUAUUUAACUUUGUAAUAAAGUGUUGUAAAAAAUUAUUUAUUACAUUUCACGUAUUUAAGAAGAAGAAAAAAAGCCUAAAAAGUUGUUUUAGAA